AUGGAGAAAUACAUGCCACCCUUACCCGGGUAUACUUUCAAACACGCUCCAAGAGCAUCGGGAAGAAGAGGCGGGGGAGUCGGCUUUCUUAUCCGUAAAGGUCUUCGUGCUCGCGUCCGUCCACACCCUCCGGCUGCGUUGGAACAGAUGUGGCUAGAAUUAUCCCUACCUAAAGCAGGAAGAAUCGCCGUCGGCACCGCCUAUAGACCGGAGUCGGUGAAGUUAGGUUUAGCUAUGGAUGCUCUCAGCGACUCUAUUAGCUCGUUUGGCCGAUGUGCGCAUGUCUUUUUACUAACCGACUUCAACGUUGAUAUGUUGAACACCGAGAAGGGCAAAUCGUCUGAGCUGGCUGCUGUGUUGAUGCAACAAAACCUGCAUCAAAUGGUAUGUGAACCGACGCGUAUCUCGAACACAUCUGCAACGCUUUUAGAUCUUAUAAUAACAGAUGUCCCUCACAUGUGUAAAUGUGUUAAGGUAGUCCAUAACCCUAUACUUAGCGACCAUGCAAUGGUAAUUUCGGAAUGGCGAAUGAAGAAGCCCAAGCCGCGACCUCAAUAUAAAUAUGUCCGCGCGCUGAAUACAAUAAUACUAGAAGACUUUGAUAAAGAUUUGCAAUGUCAACCGUGGAAUGAGGUGUUAUACGAAACAGAUGUAAAUAAGAUGGUUCAAAGUUUUAACAAACUAAUUACCUAUUUAUUUGAUAAACACGCUCCCUUAAGAAAGAUUCGUAUAAAUGUAUCGCCAAGACCGUGGAUUACCGAAACAAUAAAAGCAAUGAUGAGACUUAGAAAUGAUGCUUUUGAUAGGGCUCGACGAUCUAAAAACGAAGUUCACAUGCGAUAUUAUAAGGACCUAAAAAAUGUAGUUAAUACUGCUUUACAAAAUGAAAAAAGGGCUUUCUUUACGCAGUAUGUCAAUGGAAAUAGCAAUGCAAAGAGCAUGUGGAGAUAUCUUAAACAAGUUGCUUUAAAUACAGAGUCAAACAGCAUUGAUUUGAUUCCAGAUCAUCUCCGUAACUCCAAUGAAAUCAAUGACUUCUUUUUGAAAUUGCCCGACCCACCUAUCGUUGAUAAUUCUUAUAUGAGUAGUUUUAGAGAUAAUAAAUUCACCGACGCAACCUUUCAUAUCUAA